AUGUUCAGAAGAAACUACACUGAGGUGACAGAAUUCAUCCUCUUAGGCCUCACCAGCCGUCCAGAACUGCGAGUGAUUUUCUUUGUGUUGUUCCUGGUGGUCUACAUCGUUACUGUGAUAGGAAAUCUGGGCAUGAUCGUUUUAAUCAAGAUCGAUUCCCGACUUCACACGCCCAUGUACUUUUUCCUCGCGAGUUUGUCUGUGCUUGAUCUCUGUUUCUCCACCAAUGUCACUCCCAAAAUGCUGGAGAAUUUCUUGUCCGAGAAGAAGACCAUCUCCUACGCAGGUUGUUUGGUGCAGUGUUACAUUGUCAUCGCCGUGGUGCUCACUGAGCACUGCAUGCUGGCCGUCAUGGCCUAUGACCGCUACAUGGCCAUCUGCAAUCCUCUGCUCUACAGCAGUAAGAUGUCUAAGGGUGUCUGUGUCCGCCUAGUCAUCAUCCCUUAUGUUUAUGGCUUCCUCCUUAGUGUCAUGGAAACCUUGAGGACCUACAAUCUUUCUUUCUGCGGUGCCAAUGAGAUUAACCACUUCUACUGUGCUGACCCCCCUCUGAUCAAACUGGCCUGCUCUGACACCUACAGCAAGGAGACAUAUUGGAAAAAGAACAUCACUUAUGUCACCGAGUUCAUUCUCAAGGGAAUUACAGACCGGCCUGAACUUCAGGCCCCAUGCUUUGUGUUGUUUUUAAUCAUCUAUACGGUCACAGUAUUGGGCAACCUGGGACUGAUUACUGUAAUCAGGGUAGACAGCAGACUCCACACACCUAUGUACUUCUUCCUGAGUCACUUAGCCUUUGUGGAUGUUUGUUACUCCUCUGCUAUCACGCCCAAGAUGAUGGUGAAUUUUGUGGUGGAGCAAAACACGAUUCCUUUCUACGCAUGUGCAACUCAGCUGGGCUGUUUUCUCACCUUCAUGAUCACCGAGUGUUUCCUCCUGGCUUCCAUGGCCUAUGAUCGGUACGUAGCCAUCUGCAGCCCCUUGCAUUAUACAACACUGAUGUCCCAAACCGUCUGCAUUCGACUCGUGGCAGUUCCUUAUAUCUACAGUUUUCUAGUUGCCCUAUUCCAUACCAUUGUUACCUUUCGUCUAACCUACUGUGGCCCCAAUGUAAUUAACCAUUUCUAUUGUGAUGACCUUCCUCUGUUGGCUCUGUCCUGCUCAGACACGCACAUCAAAGAAAUUCUGAUCUUUGCUUUUGCUGGUUUUGAUAUGAUCUGUUCUUCUUCCAUUGUCCUCACCUCGUAUGUUUUUAUCAUCGCUGCCAUCCUAAAGAUCCGCUCUAAUCAGGGGCGCCGCAAAGUCAUUUCUACUUGUGGAUCCCAUAUGGUGGCUGUCACAAUUUUCUAUGGCACAUUGAUCUUCAUGUACCUCCAGCCCAAGUCCAACCACUCUCUCGACACAGACAAAAUGGCAUCUGUGUUUUAUACAGUGGUAAUCCCCAUGCUGAACCCCUUGAUCUAUAGCCUAAGGAAUAAAGAGGUUAAAGACGCUUCCAAGAAGGCAUUGGAAAAGGGGUAUGAGUCUUUAAAGAUGUUAAGAAUGGGGAAAUCAUAA